AUGACACAACGAGUUCAUUAUCGCAAGCACAAUCACUACAACACAAAGUCGAAUAAAGUAAGGCCUGUCAGGACACCUGGGGGAAGGUUAACUAUUCAUGUGGUCAAAAAAAAGGCUGGGAAACCAAAAUGUGCAGACUGUAAAAUGGCCAUUCAGGGGGUAAAAGCCUUACGCCCAGCAGAUAAUCAAAGAGCAAGGAAAAAAGAUAGAAAAGUUUCAAGAGCUUAUGGAGGCUCGAUAUGUGCCAAAUGUAUUAGAGAAAGAAUUAUGAGAGCAUUUCUUUUUGAAGAGCAAAAAUGUGUUAGACAAGUGUUGAAAGAAAAGAAGAAACAGGAGAAAAAAGUGAAGAAAGUUAAAAAGGAAAAAAAAAAAGCAACAUCCAAAGACGCAAAGAAAACUACAACUAAUAAUAAGAAACCUAAGAAGGUGGUUACGGAUAAGAGAAAAGGCAGAUGA